AUCCAAACAUACAUGAUUUUUCCUGGCUCUCAGAAUCCCGGGAAAUUUCCUGCUUCUUUGGCGGCAAGACGCGAGAAACGUGACGGAACUACUGAGGUGAUUUUAAAUAAAAGAAAAACAAAAAAUGCAUUCGCUCGGCCUCAAGUCUUUUACUGUUUUGAAUUCCGGAGCAACGAGGAGCACCUGCUUUCCUGCUCGGGUCGGUCACGGAUUGGCGAUAGACCUGGACUUUGGGAGGAGGAGAAGGGUUGGGUCGGGUUGUUGGGAUGGUGGCUCUGCUGCUCGCAAGUGUUUGGUAGUGGGUUGUACGGUGGAUAGGAACGGGAAUGGCGGGAACGCUGGUGGUGGCGAGAGACCGAGUAUGGACCCCAAUCCAACUCAGAAUCAGAGUUCGUUUUUAUCUCGGAGCCAAACUUAUGCAAUGCUGAAACAGCAAAUGGAGGCUGCUGCGAAAUCUGAGGAUUAUAAAGAAGCUGCGAGGAUACGUGAUUCUUUGAAAAGACUUGAGGAAGAGGAGCCUGUUUUGAGAUUCAGGGGACUGAUCAAAGAGGCAGUUGCUGAUGAAAGAUUUGAGGAUGCUGCUAGAUAUCGUGACGAGUUGAAGGAAAUUGCACCUCACUCUCUCCUGAAAUGUUCAAGUGAUGCAACAACCUUGGGAAUCAGAGUUCAAGUUAGGAGUGUGUAUAUAGAGGGGCGUAGUCUGCCUUCAAGGGGACAAUACUUUUUUGCAUACAGAAUAAGAAUAACCAAUAAUUCAGAUCGUCCUGUUCAGCUUCUCCGAAGGCACUGGAUUAUCACAGAUGGCAAUGGGAAAACUGAAAAUGUUUGGGGGGUUGGAGUUAUAGGUGAACAGCCAGUUAUUCUUCCCAAAACAGGUUUCGAAUACUCGUCUGCGUGCCCAUUAAGCACUUCCAAUGGGAGAAUGGAAGGAGACUUGGAAAUGAAACACAUUGACAGAGUAGGAUCACCUACUUUCAACGUAGCCAUCGCCCCGUUCUCUCUCUCCACACUAGGGGACGGUGCCGAUACCUUCUGAAAUCUGAAAUCUUCUUGUUAUCUUGAGAAGCAGAGUAACCAUACCAGGUUAUUUUCCAAUUUAAGCUCGGCAUUGUAAAGUAUGUUCUUUUGUGAUCCAGAUAGAUAUUCUUAUAUAAGAGAUAGUAUAGGUUAAUAUUAUAGUCAGUUUCGAGAGAAAGAUAAUGAAUCAAUGAAAUGUAUGUUGCAAACUUUAUAUAGAUGUGUGUGUAUAAAUGAUUUAUCUUUUGUUUGGCAA